AUGCCUCGCGAUCCGCUCAUCGGCCUCGUAGGCAAACCAUCAGCCGGGAAGAGCACGACUCUGAACAGCUUAACUGACGCUUCAUCCAAAGUCGGCAACUUCCCCUUCACAACCAUCGACCCCCAAAGAGCAAUAGGCUACCUCCAAAUCGACUGCGCCUGCGCCCGGCACAACGUCUCCGACCGCUGCAAACCCAACUACGGCGCCUGCGUCAACGGCCGCCGCUCCGUGCCCAUCGAGCUCCUCGACGUGGCAGGCCUCGUGCCCGGCGCCCACCAAGGCCGCGGCCUGGGCAACAAAUUCCUCGACGACCUCCGCCACGCCGAUGCGCUGAUACACGUGGUCGACGCCUCGGGCACGGUAGACGCCGAGGGCAAGGAAACGCGCGGGUACGACCCCUCCGUGGACAUUGCCUGGCUGCGCGGCGAGAUCGUCGCCUGGAUCCUCGGCAACCUGAUGCAGCGGUGGCCCAGCAUCCGCCGGAGACAUGUCGCCGUCAAGGCUACGGCCGUGGAGACCCUGCAGGGCCAGUUCUCCGGCUAUGGCGCCACGUCGACUGUCAUUGCAAGGACGCUGGACCGGGCGGCUGUCAAGGAGGCUCUGGAGGAGUGGUCGGACGAGACGGUGGCGCAUAUUGUGAAUGCGUUUGUGGACGAGAAGUUUCCGACGGUGAUUGCGCUGAAUAAGAUUGAUCAUCCGGAUGCGGACAAGAAUAUUUCAAAGAUUGCCAAGAUGCAGGACCCGAAGACGAUUGUCUUGUGUUCGGCGAUCUCGGAGAUCUUUUUAAGAAAGAUGGCGAAGCAGGGGUAUAUCAAGUACGUGGAGGGCAGUGAGUUUAUAGACACGAGGGAAGACCUUAUUGAGCAGGGGGAUCCUGAGGGCGGGGGGCUGAAAGAGCUGGAUGAGAAGAAUCGGAAUCGGAUAGAGAAUCUAAAGGACAUGGUUCUAUAUAGAUUUGGUUCGACGGGCGUGGUGCAAGUCUUGACGAGGGCAGCAGAGUUGUUGGGGCUGGUACCCGUCUUUCCGGUCAGGAACACAGCGACAUUUAGUUCAGGGGCGUCGGAGUCAAAGGUCGUGUUUCGGGACUGUGUGCUCGUGAAGAAGGGCUCGACGGUGGGUGACGUCGCCAAGAAGGUCAUGGGCGAUGCGCCGAUUGCCUAUGUCGAAGGGUUUGGUGGGCUACGAGUUGCAGAGGAUGAUUUCGUUGCCGUGGGGAAGAACGAUAUUUUGUCAUUCAAAGUUGGUAGAGCGUAG